GCAUUCUUAAAAAAAAAAAACAGAGCACUACGGAGCACUUGAAACGGGCCAGCAAGAGAGCAAAAUAGAGGUGACCGGGCUGGAGCUCCUCGUCGGUGCUGAUGGCGGAAACGUCGUCGGAGUUGCAGAUGAGAACCGUGCGGUUCUGAAGGAGAUUGGAGGCUUUGAUGGGGAAGGGAAACUGUUGUAGCUCCCAUCUUCAAGAAUCAACUUCGUCAUGGGAGGUGACUCAAUUUGGUGUAGUGAGUUGAACUCCUUUCUGGUAGCGAUUCCAGCAAUGAAGGGAAGAGGAGAAGCGAUCUAAUUGUGUGAUUUAGCUAAAUUCGAAUCUGAUAGGGCACGAAUCUGCAAAUCUGAAGAAAGUCGGUCAUUUUUAAUAAUCAAACGGCACCGUUUGGAAUCUGGAGCACCAUGCUCACCGUGGGAUGAUCCCACGGUAUAAUUUGCGUCUUCAUAGAGGUCACGCUUUUACUACAGUGCACCAACUCCCAUAUAAUAUCCAUUCUUUUGUCGCCUUUUGUUCUUCCAAAUGGCACUCCCCGAGUCCCCUCACUCUUCACUUUCGUGUGUUCAUCGUAUGGCGUCAUCUGCAUAAGAACCAACUAGUGCUUACUCACUCGGGGAAAAUGGAAGAAAUGUGCUUUUCGGAGGAAGUGGUUCAGGCCUUGUUGGAGCAUUUUGUUGAGCCUUUUUUGCCCAGUUGCCGAACUAGACAACCCCCUACUCCUUCCCAACAUCAGACAGUGGCCAAACAGAUGCAUGCGGUGGUGUUGCUUUACAAUUACUAUCAUCGAAAGCAAUAUCAAGAAUCGGAGUUUCUUGAUUUCACGUCGUUUUGUAAGUUGGCCAUUGUAUUGAAACCAAACUUGAUGGCUUACAUGAAACUCAUGCAUCAAGUGGAUUAUUCUAUGAUGGAUGAUUUCGAGAAUAAACUUUCACAAACAGAAAAGGCCAUACACUGUGCAUGCAACAUAUCUACUGCUCUGGACGCGUCAAAAAGUGUUCCCGUUACAGAUGACUGGACAGUGUCUAAAGUUGCUGUCUUUUUAGUGAACUUGAGGAGGCAAAAUUGCAUGCUACUUGAAAGUGACAUUACCCAUGGCGUUAUAUCUAUAAUUGAGAAAGAUCUAGAGGGUUCUAGUAUUCGUGCACAUAAUACUUUUGAAUCAGAAUGCAAAGACAAACAGACAGGAACUGCAGAAUUAAUAUUGAAUAAUUUUGAAAAGAAUGAUGAUAAUGAUCAGUUCUUGGAUUUAGCUUUUUCCGCUGUUAAAAAUGUGGCAGGCAUCGGUAAAAGGGAUUUGGUGGUUCUAGAGACCCAUAUUGUAUAUUCCUUAAAUAAACCAAAGGCUGCUGCUCGCUUAUAUCUUAUGCAAAACACUCAAUCUAACAAUGGUGACACUUGGCCUCAUAUUAAAGAUAUCAUUGGAAGCUUGCAAGGUCCCCUGGUCAAGAGAAGCUCUAACGGAUGGAUGGUGACUUCAUUUGUCAAAUAUUUCCACAUGCUACCUUACAUGGAGGCUUUGUCUGAUUGGAUUUCUAGGGAAGUGUCGUCAAAGGGUUUUCCAAAUCAUAAUUCGGAAUUAGAACUUCUUCCUUUAACCGGUGAUCAAACAGUUGUGAACUCUUGUGGAAAGUUAAUUACUCAAGUUGGUGUUAACUCCAGUCCUGAUGACAUUGCAGAGGAAUCACUUUGUGACAGUCCUAAAACCAGAAGUAACAAACUUGCAAGAAAGAACAAUUACAGGGAAUUCCAAACUGUUGAUUUCUCUGAGCAGGUUGAUGGACCUGUAUGUAUGGAUGUGCACGGUUCAGGUGCAGUUUUCUCUCAGAGAGGAAUUGAAAGCCAAAACUAUUCAAGUGCCGCCGAAGUUUAUUGUCGAUUGAAGAAUAGUUUGCCUUUAAAAGAGGAUCAUAGAAUGACAUCAGGCAAUUGUGUGACUGAGGAAGAUAUAGGCGAAUCUCUUUCAAAACCUUGUGAUGAUGGAUGCAAUAAUGACAUGAUUUUUAUGCAAGGAGGCGGUUCUUGUAUGGAGAGUCUUAUAUCACAAAAUCAACAUCAUGAGAGGCUAAAUGCUACCUCAACUUCUGGAAAUGCAUCAUCCCGUACUAUCUUGAGAAUUCUUUACCACCUAAGGCAGAAGCUGUGUGAGCAACAUGAGAGGGUGAGCGCGGAAAUUUUACGGUGCGACAUGGAUAUUGAUGCUGCCUUAAAUGAACUUACUAAAGAUACUGACAAUCCCCAUCUGGAAAAGGAAGAAGUUCAACAGAGAACUAGUCAACCACUUGAAGAAGAGAGUUUGUCUGAGGCCAUUGUCAGUGUGAAAAACCAUUGCAAGAAACUGGAUGAAUUGUGUCGUCAGAUGAAGUGGAAACUUCCAACAUAUCAAGUCUUUCCAUAUAGAGAUGGAUUUGCUGCCAAUGUUAUGGUAAAAGAAGGGUGCCAUGUGUGUCAAGGUAGUGUAUGCCCAAAUCCUUUUGAAGCAAGAGAGAACGCGGCUUCAUAUAUGAUGGCCAAAUUGAGUGAGGCAAAGUUGCUGGCUACUUAGUUAUGCCCCCACCCCAGAUUAACUAAAGGGAGACUUGUAGCUUAACAUGAUGUAGUGCUCCUCUCUAGAAUGGUAUAUUUCACUAAUGUUUUGAGAUUUUAUGUAGGAAAGGCAUGCCUUGAUGGUAACUUGUUCCUUGUUCCAUUCAAGACAUGCUGUAAAUUAGCCCUUCUACCUUGCAAACUACAACUUCUGUUUCUGUUUAACUAUCUAGGUGGACUUCAUCUAAACUUUUUCUUUGGGUGGGGGACUUAUAUUACAAACGGAAUUGGGCGUGCUGGCUAGGAUCUACCUGGGAACAGGACCAUAGGUCCAUAACAUAUUGGGUAGACCAUAACCAGACUAGUAACUGGAGUACUGAAUGCUGGUCUCAAGUAGGGACUAGAGAGGGUGGGGGACCAAGAAGUGGCCAGUCCAGGACCCCUACUUUGAGGCUUUUGAGCAUAUUAUAUGCAACAUUUAAUGAUGGUUC